UCAGGACAUCCGUGAUAAUGCCCGCCUCUGCCAGCACUAUCGCCGCCCUGCAAAGCAAGAUAUGGGCUGGUUCUAUAGCCCUCGAAAUCCGGCUCGCAGCAUCAGAUUGCAGGACCUAUGACCAGUCGGAGCCGUACUUGGUUCAGUAUCCUCGAUUGUCGUAUCUUGGCUUUCUACUGCCACGACUUCAUGCCUUCUUUGCGUCAAGUCUCAUCACUCCCGAAAUCCCAGCUCACAAUGCCUGGAUCUCCUUUGAAGGCGUGCCGAUGAAAUGGCAUUACCCCCUGGGCUUACUCUAUGACCUCUUCUCGGGAUCUGAGCCCUUUGAUCUCGAUCCUCCGGGAUUGCCGAACCCCGAAGAGUCGUCCAUAUUGCCUAGUAGUGGCGCUGCCGUGUCCACAAUACCGUGGAAACUGGUUAUACACUACUCAGACUUCCCCGAUGAGCAGCUCAUACAGCUGGAUGAAGAGGGCAGGACGAUGCGAGACACGUAUGUGAAUGCUGUCAAGGAAGCAGAUUUCGUCAGAAACGGGUCUGCAAGGACGGUAAUGUCGCUCAGUAAAGAUGAUUCAGAAAAUCUGUGGCGGGCUGUUCAAAAUCAUGAUAAAGCCCUAUUCAAUUCCAUCAACAACAAACUCCUCAGCCCACCUGGUCUGGAAUUACGACAUGUCCCACUCAAAGUCUAUCUACCCACCUCUGCGACCAUCUUGAAAGGCAGGAGUAUUGGUGCUGCCGAAGCGAUCGAAGAAGAAGAGACAGAAACAGCCACAGCUGGCCAUUUGCGAGUCGUGCAAGCUCUCAUUCCCAUACUACAAUCCUCGAAGCAGCCCCAGACAUUGGGAACUGCACUGAACAGUGUUCUGCCAACAAUCUUUCCCAGUCGGAGAAAUCCUAUCUAUGCGAGGCCAGUGUUGCAUGGGGCUUCGGUGCCGUUGGCUGCUCGACUGGAUGAGUUGGGUAAGGCAGCGGCGUACACGGAUGGAUUUUUGCAUUUUGCUGUAGUGAUGCAUGGAUGAUGGAGACGACGACAACGACGACGACGACAGCAACUCAACUAUAGUCUAUCCGAAGCCGCACUUCCAAUCAAACCUUUC